CAAAGGUCAACAACCAACAAACUGAAGAUCAGUUUCUUGCACGAAAUCAAAUCAAAUCAAAUUAUCAAAUGCCUAUUUGAAGCCAAUGGUCAAUAACCCAAUAAACUAGUUAUAGCUUUUUGUGCUUUAGAUCGAAUCAAAUGCCUAUAUUGCGCUCCAAAAGCACCAGUUGAUUCUUUGUGGUUAAUUAAUGAGUCAUCAACUCAAGUACCUUUUCAUCAGCCUUCAUCUUUCUUAAUCCUCCCCAAAACCUUCUAUUUUCUCAGAUCAACAAAGAGAAAUCAAGAUCUGAGAAGAAAUGGAAGGUGAAUUUGGCAACUUCGUUGAGGUAUUAACUUCAAUAUUUGUUUGCAUAUUCUAUUCCUACUCCCUUGGCAAAAUAGUCCCCAAAGGUAAAACCAGACUCCUUUGUGUUCUCCCAGUUGUGUGUCUCUUCUUGUACCUCCCUCUUCACCUCUCCUCUGUACAUCUCGGAGGUGCUACUGCUUUUUUCAUUUCAUGGCUUGGCAGCUUCAAGCUUCUGCUUUUCGCCUUUGACAAAGGUCCUUUGGCUUCAGACCCAUCAAUCUCGAUUGGACGUUUCAUGGCCAUUGCUUGCCUCCCAAUCGAAAUCCAAGAAAACCCACCUCCAAAACCUGAAAAUGCCCAAAUUAAAACCAACCCAUCUCCACCAAAACCCCAUCUGAAUGGCCAAAAUGGGAAAAACCAACAUCCCAGAAGCACCAAAUCAAGGUCCCUGAAUCAUGUAAUCAAGGGCUUCCUUUUGGCCAUUCUAAUAGGGGUCCUUUAUUAUAGUGAGCAUUUCCAUCCAAAGCUCAUCUUAGUCCUUCAUUGUCUUUACAUAUAUCUCCUCCUAGAGUUCCUCCUAGCAAUGGUAGGAGUCCUGGCUCGAGCCCUUUUGGGAUUGGAACUCAAGCCCCACUUCAACGAGCCCUACCUCUCCACAUCGCUACAAGACUUCUGGGGCAGAAGAUGGAACCUCAUGGCCACCAGUAUCCUACGCCCGGCCGUAUACGAACCCGUCCUCGACUUCUCCACGCGCUUCAUUGGCCGGAAAUGGGCUCCACUCCCUGCUGUGAUGGGAAGCUUCGUAGUGUCCGGGCUCAUGCACGAGCUGAUUUACUACUAUCAGGGGCGCGUGAAGCCCACGUGGGAGGUUACGUUGUUCUUCAUUCUGCAGGGGUUGUGUUUGACAUUGGAGAUCGUUUUGAAGAAGGCGUUGAGGGGCAGGUUCCGGUUGCCGACGGUGGUCUCGGUGGUGUUGACAGUUGGGUUUGUGGUUGCGACUUGCUUCUGGCUCUUCUUUCCGCAGUUUCUUCGGAGCAAGGCUGACGUUAGAAUGCUCGAAGAGUAUGUUGCUUUUGGUGCGUACAUGAAGAAUGUGGCUCGAACUUUCCAAAAAUCGCUGCCUAGCUCAUGAUCUGUUGGUUUAGUAACACAAGUUUCUUUGUUGUGAGUGACAUGCUUAAGAAUGUCGAACAUUCCGAUAACCAUUGUCCAAUUUGGUAUUUAAUUGAUUCCCAUUUUAUGGAGUUAUAAAGCUGUGGGAUCGUAUAUUUCGUGAUGAAACCAUCUUGAG